AAAAAUCUAAACUUCCUGUGUGAAUGUGAGGCCAGUGGCUUCCUGUUUUUAGAACCUGCUAAUACAACUUCAGUUUUUGGAGAGACACUCUUUUAAUUGUUUUUACCGGAAACGUAAAAUGUUCCUACUGCUACUCACUGUUAUCCUUGUCCUAACAGGCCUGGGUCAGUCGCACUACCCCAAGAUGCUGACCUGCCCCCUCAAGGCGAACCAGCGGAGCAUGCCCAGGGUGUGGUGCAAGCAGAGCAACGAUCUGUGCUGCAGCGGAUUCGCUUUUCCGGAGGGGACGACCACUUUGGAGAACGGGGACCUGCGGGUGCAGCAGGACAUGGAGGCCUUCACUGUCACCGUCACGCAACUGGCCCAAGGAGAGGGGGUGUACUGGUGCGGCCUCCUGUACAACAACACCAUCAUCAAAGUCGCCGAGCAGUACUUCGGCAAACCCUCCAAUGGUUGGAGUAUCGUUCGCUGGAUCCUGAUGCCAGUCCUCCCUCUGAUGGUCAUCUUCACACACAUCUAUACCUGCCGAAAAGCCCGCAAACAGGAGGAAGGCCUGAAUGAUAACAUCUCUAUGGCAGCAUUUCAAGGCCACAGGACAGGCGAAUGACCAUGAGUGAUACAUGUCAGCUCUAACGAUGUUAUCAUUAGCCACACAUACUCACACACACACACACACACACACACACGCAUGCACACACACACAUACACACCACACACACACACACACAUACACACAUUUACACAAUACAGUAAACACCACAUUUUAUACAGUACAUUAUUCGUACCUCUCUUGAUAAUCCAGUAGUUACUGUUUUAUCUGUUUUACCCGUGCCAUCUCUCUUUUGUAAUGAAAUCCCUUUCAGUAUGCAUGUGGAAUAUCCAGGGCCUAAAAUCUUCAACCUUUGGGCUGAAGAGUUUAGCCCCAGAACUCAAAACAAACCUUAAAGAUCAUCAUUCUACAGGAGACAUGGUGUAAAGCUGACACUGUUACCCACUGUCCGAACGGUUAUAGAGAAAUAAUAGUACCAUCUCAGAAACACAGCAACACUAAUAGAGGUAGAGGAUCCGGAGGAUUAAUCAUUUGGUAUCGAUCUGAUCUACAUAAUCAAAUUGACCCCCUAAAAAUAUAUCCCCCCCCCUCCGAAUCCCCCUACUUCUCAGAGGACAUCUUCCCCACCCUUGAGACAGAGACAUGUCAUUUCCAGGCCCAGGGAAAUGUGCUUAUCUGUGGGGACACAAACGCGCGUUCAGGAACAUUUGCUGACCUCACAGAUCCACAAGGGUACAUUUACAUCUCAAAUGAAAAUGUCUCUCACACUUUUACUCUCCUCCACAGGAACAAUAGUGACCAGAUCAUUAACAAGAGUGAAAGGGUCCUCCUGCAGCUCUGUCAGAGCCUCAGUCUGUACUUUGUCAACGGUAGGGUACGGGGGGACACAGUACUGUAGAUUACAUGAUCACAGACAUUGACCCUUCCUCUCUCAGCUCAUUCACUGUCAAACCACUAACCCUUCUGUCUGAUCACAGCCACAUUACCCUGUUUAUUAAAAGUUCAGACAUUAAAAUGGCACACAAACAUUUUCACAUAAUUUCCUUCUGUGUGAACAGUAAUCUGGGGGGCGUUUUUCUGUAGUAUUGUGAAUGCCAGACUUCUGAACUUCCUUACCAAGCACAAUGUCUUGAGCAAAAGCCAAAUUGGAUUUAUACCAAAACACCGCACAACCGAUCAUAUUUACACCCUACAUACCCUAAUUGAUAAACAUAUAAACCAAAAUAAAACCAUUAUUUAUGCCUGUUUCAUUGACUUCCAAAAAGCUUUUGAUUCUAUUUGGCAUGCAGGACUGUUCUGCAAAGUUAUUGAGAGUGGUGUCGGGAGUAAAACAUAUGAUAUUAUUAAAUCAAUAUAUUCUGGCAAUAUGUUCAGCGUAAAAAUUGGCAAAAAAGGACAGAAUUCUUUACUCAAGGGCGAGGUGUUCGUCAGGGCUAUAACCUCAGCCCUGCACUCUUCAAUAUCUACAUUAAUGAAUUGGCUACUAUACCAGAAAAGUCAUCUGUCCCCGGUGUAAGUCUCCACAAUCAGGAAGUGAAAUGCCUGCUCUUUGCAGAUGACCUGGUUCUGCUGUCCCCCACAGCAGAUGGCCUACAGCAGAGCCUGGACAUGCUAGAGCAUUACUGUCAGACCUGGGCCCUGACAGUAAACCCCAAAAAGACCAAAAUAAUGAUAUUACAAAAAAAGAUCCAGAUCUCAGGAUGUUCUCAAUUGGUACAAAACAUGUAGAGUACUGCACACACUGCACCUAUCUAGGAUUUAAACUAAGUUCAACUGGACAUUUUAAUGAAGCAGUUCAUGAGCUGAGAGGGAAAGCACGCCAGGCUUUCUUUGCCAUAAAAAAAUAUACAAACAGAAAUACCAAUUCAAAUUUGGUUAAAAUUAAUUGAAUGUGUUAUUGAACUAAUUGCACUCUAUGGCAGUGAGGUGUGGGGUCCACUUACAAAACAAGACUUUACUCAAUGGGAUAAAUACCCCACUGAGACCCUGCAUGAAGAGUUCUGCAAGAUUCUCCUACAUGUCCAGAGGAAAACUACAAGCAAUGCAUGCAGGGCAGAAUUAGGCCAAUACCCACUAAUACAAAAAAUACAAAAAAGAGCAAUUAACUUUUGGACACACCUAAAACUAAGUGACCCCCUCUCGUAUCAUUACCAAGCCUAGCAGUGCCAAGAGAUGAGGAGUAAUAGGAACCCCCUUACCCAGCUGGUCCUGAGGCUGAGUCCACAAACCUGCUCUAUUAACACACCUCAGGGACAGAACACAUCACCAAUCAGAGUCAAAUUACAACACAGUUGAAACAAAACUACAUCACCUAUUGGCAAACACAAACAAAAGCACAGAGCAAAAUGCAGUGCUAUCUGGCUCUAAAUUGACAAUACACCAUAGCAGAUUAUUUGAGCAUGGUGACUGAUCAACAACUAAAAAGAACCUUAACAAAAUACAGACUGAGUGAGCACAGCCUUGUUAUUGAAAAGGGGAGACACAGGAACACCUGGCUCCCUGCAGAGCAAAGGCUGUGCUGUCAUUGCACCCUCAGUGAGCCUGAAACAGAGCUACACUUCCUCACCAAAUGUGAAAAGUAUAAACAUCUUAGAGAAGCACAUUAUAAAAAAUUUGAAUUAAUAACAAAAGGUUUUAUUAACCUAUUAGAUGAAGAAAAACUACCAGUCCUACUAGGGGAGGACUCAAAGAGCUGUGAGUUAGCAGCAGUCUAUGUUGCUGCCUGCCAUAAAUUGAGGGACAGUGAGUGACAGUCACCUGACACACAUUGUUGCUGUUAUAUUUGAUGACAGUUUAUUUGUUUUGUUUUGUGCUGAUAUUAACAAUCAGCUUUUUUUCUGACUUUUUAAAAAUACUUUUUAAAAUCUAUUUUCUACUUCCAUCCACUGUAUUUUCUACUAUUUACUAUAGUAUGUUUUCUAAUUAAUGUUUAGCUUUUCAAUGUUUAAACGCUUGCUUUGGCAAUAUGUACAGUGUUACCUCAUGCCAAUAAAGCCAUUUGAAUUGAAUUGAAUUGAAUUGAAUUGAACUGAAAUUGAGAGAGAGAGAGUAAUGAGAAGACAAGUUUAUACUUUUUAAACAUCAAUGAAAUACAAAGUAGUGACUGUUUUAUAAUUGUAUUCAACUAUGUAUAAAUAAACAAUAUGUAUAAUAAAAUAACACUUAUUACCAUGU